CCUAUAUAAACACCACUUCCUCCAUCCCUCUUCUUCACUUCAACACAGUCUAGCUCAAGCCUCUCUCUCUUCUUCUUCUUCUUCUUCUUGCUUGUAGAGGUUCAUACUCGCCAUGGCUUUCUCUUCUUUCCUAUCUCUUAGUUUCUGCCUUCUAGUUUUCUUGCAUGGCUGUUUUGCUCAAAUAGAACCAGUAACCACGCAUCCCAGAGGGUUUCCACCAUUGCAGCGCCGACAGCGCCCACAAAGGGACGAAUGCCAACUCGAUCGCAUUAGUGCCGUGGAGCCCCAUCGGAGGAUCCAAUCGGAGGCUGGUGUUACAGACGUCUGGGACGAAAAUGAUGAUCAAUUUCAAUGUGCUGGUGUUGUAGCUAUGCGCCAUAUUAUCCGAGAGAAAGGUCUUCUGUUGCCACAAUACGUCAAUGGACCUAAGCUCAUAUACGUAGUACAAGGCACAGGUGUUCAGGGAGUUGUCUUUCCAGGCUGCCCUGAGACAUACCAGUCAUCAGAAUCACGACCACAGCCACAACCACGAUAUGGUGGUUUUGGUCAAUCGGGCAGAGAAAGCAUGAGAGACCACCACCAAAAGGUUCGACAAAUCCGAGAAGGCGAUGUCAUCGCCGUACCUACUGGAGUAACUCAAUGGGUAUACAAUAACGGAAGGACUCCUCUUGUUUUGGUUCAAGUUGUUGACACCAACAAUCCGGCCAACCAGCUCGACCAAAAUCACAGAGUAUUCUUCGUUGCUGGGAACCCACAACUAGAUGUGCAGAGCAAGAAAGGGGAAUCCCAGAGAGGUGAGAGGAGCGAAAGGGGCCUAACCCGGAAGCCAGCUGAGCGUGAUACAGCUGGAAAUGUCUUCUCAGGAAUGGACGAGCGGGUACUGGCUGAAGCUUUCAACGUCAACACUGAUGUUGCAAGAAGGCUAAGGGGAGAAGAUGAUUACAGGGGCAUGAUUGUGACGGUUGAGCGUGGACUUGAGGUGCUAACCCCACAACGAAGCCCAGAAGAGGAAAGACAAAUAAAAGAGGAAGAACAACAGAAACAAUUCGAGCUCGGACCAUCACGUGGGACCGGCGGAUACAAUGGAGUAGAGGAAACUUUAUGCACAGCUAAGCUUAGACACAAUGUCAAUGACCCAUCAGACACCGACAUCUUUAACCCAAGAGCCGGCCGUAUCACCACCGUCAAUAGCCACGUCGUCCCCAUUCUCAGAAACCUCCAAUUCACUGUUCAGAAAGGUGUCCUCUAUAGGAAUGCUAUAUUUGCACCACACUGGAACGUCAAUGCCCACAGCGUAAACUACGUCGUUAGAGGAAAUGGUCAUGUCCAGAUGGUUGAUGACAAUGGAAACACAGUAUUUGAUGGACAAGUUCAGGAAGGUCAAAUGUUUGUAGCCCCACAAAACUUCGUGGUAGUGAAGAAGGCUAGCGAGCAAGGCAUGGAGUGGGUAUCCUUCAAGACUAAUGACGCAGCCAAAGUUUGCCAACUAGCCGGAAGGGUGUCGGCGAUCAGGUCCAUGCCAGUGGAAGUGCUCGCAAACGCGUUCCAGGUUUCCAUAGAGGAAGCCAUGAGGAUUAAGAAUAAUAGACAAGAAGUGACUCUGCUUAGCCCUCGAACUAGGUCUCGAUUUAAUGUUACUGAAGGCAGCGAAUAAAUAAUAGUGCAACUAUGCAAUUGUACGUACAAUAAGGAGGAAAAACACUAGUUAAUAUUAGGGUUUUAAAAAAGAAUAAAGCCUUUGUUUUGGCACUCAUGAGGACCAGCUUUGGUUCUUUGUUCUAUCAAUGUAUAUAUUGUCUUG